AUGGCAUCUUACGAAGUGACCAGCGCAGCUGCAUCUUCGCAAAAUGAUACAAGAGCACCACUCAUUCGAGUUUUUUUGAUUGGCCCCAAAGCCUGUGGCAAAAGUUCAAUUAUACAUGCCGUAUGUGGCAAGAAACCAGAAGACGUCUAUCAAGAAAUAUCUGAAGAUGAAAGUGGAUUUAUAUUAAUAGAAGCACCCGAUUUAGAAUUAAGUGAUAACAUGGAAGCAGUUAAAAGAAUGCGGGAAGUUUCGAAAACUUGCCAUGUUAUUUGGUUCAUAUUUAGCCUGGAGUCCUGCUGGGAUCAUCAUUAUGCAAAGCUAUUAGAACAGCUUGCGCCGAUCCCUGCUGUAAUUAUUGUAAAUAAAUGUGAUUUUCUUCAAAAAAUAGAAUAUCCAGAAAAAGUUAUUAAAUCUUAUCAUGACGGCAUCGUACUAAAGGAUGAAUUACAUUUUUCUUCACUAAAUAACUUCAUAGGGGUUCCUGAAUCGAAAGAAAAUUCUAUAUUUAAAAUGGGACAUGGACAAGGUAUCAAUAUUUUAUCAUGCGAAAAUGAUCACGCAGUUGGUUUAAAAGAUCUAUUUGCAGAAACAUAUGAAUGUGUUAACGGAAUACCAAGUCAAUAA